UGCGGGUGGGGGUUGCCGAGGUGCCUGCUCUCCAGGGGUGCGUCGGCUUGGGUGGCGCCGCGGUGGCCGCCCGCGUUCUCCGUCGAGGCCGUUUCUUCUCCCUGCUUUUUUUGAGAUGGCUGCGUCGGGCUACUCUCUUCUGAAGGAGGUGGAUGAGGGUUCUCAGAAGUGGAAGAUUCGUACUAGGAUCGCGCGUUUGUGGGAGCACUGUGAUGAGAACAAGAAUGGUGAACUUGUUCGACUUCACAUGGUUCUGGUUGAUGAGAAGGGCGACGGCAUUCAUGCUUAUGUGCCCAAGCCACAGAUCCCAAAGUUUCAGCCACUGCUGAAAGAGGGGCAUGUGUACUACUUUCAGCACUUUGAAACCAGCCUGGUCACAAGGCCAAACCCCACGCGCAAAACGUCGGAUCAACCACGCCACCUAAUCUAACUGAAACAACGGAUGACGGCGCGGCAAGACGCGCGCGGACCAUCUAGUAUUGUUGUAUUAUUCCACCUAUCAGCUCUCUCCUCAGGCCAGCGGCAGCAGCACCACACGUUCCAAAC